UCGACUGCACAUAAAACACAGGCGCUUCGCCCCAAACUCCCUUCCACCCCGUAUCAGACCAAGGCGCAUGCGCAGCCUGACGCAUGCGCACUCUAAACGCAGGCCGGCAAGACGCGGAUGAGAAAGAUGGCGGCGCCGAGCCUGCCCACGCCGCUGUAUGGGCACGUGGGUCGCGGAGCCUUCAGCGACGUGUACGAGCCUUCGGAGGACACGUUCCUGCUGCUGGACGCGCUCGAGGCGGCGGCGGCCGAGCUAGCAGGAGUGGAAAUAUGCCUUGAAGUCGGAGCAGGGUCUGGUGUGGUGUCUGCGUUCCUGGCCUCCAUGAUAGGUCCUCAGGCCUUGUACAUGUGCACUGAUAUCAACCCCCAGGCAGCCGCAUGUACUCUGGAGACAGCACACUGUAACAGAGUCCACCUUCAGCCAAUAAUUACAGACUUGGUCCAAGGCUUGCUGCCCAGAUUAAAGGGGAAAGUUGAUCUGCUGGUGUUUAACCCCCCCUAUGUAGUGACUCCGCCUGAAGAGGUAGGAAGUCACGGAAUAGAAGCAGCUUGGGCUGGUGGCAGAAAUGGCCGGGAAGUCAUGGACAGAUUCCUCCCGCUGGCUUCAGAACUCCUCUCCCCCAGAGGGCUGUUCUACUUAGUUACCAUAAAAGAAAACAAUCCAGAAGAAAUUUUUAAAACACUGAAGACAAAAGGUCUGCAAGGGACCACAGCACUUUGCAGGCAAGCAGGCCAAGAAAUCCUGUCAGUCCUCAGGUUCAGCAAGUCCUAGUGUCCUGAGAACCACCAGAUGCCCGAGAACUGCCUGAAACGGAAUGCACUCAGCUGGUUCGAGACGGACGUCAUUCCCUGGCCAAGAAAGUUUAUCAGAAAUGUGUCAUAAAGAAAAAGAUGGAGUUAGGGUGGUCAUGACACAUACCUUUAAUCUGAACACUCAGGAGAGUUCAAGGCCAGCCUGGUCUACAGAGCGAGUUCCAGGACAGUCAGGACUGUUACACAGAGAA